AUGUCAAGACGAAGGGUCAAGGAUAUGGAUUUGAUCUAUCUAGAUCUCAAGAAGAUGAUCCAACCGCAUAUUCUGGCAUAUAUUAAUGAUCACUCACAAUUACUCACCCUACAUCUUCUUCGACCAUUUUCGUUUGGGUUGUUGGAAGCGCUUGGACCAUCAAGGGCUACAGCGCCACUUCCGCACUCUGUCGAAACAGCAGUAGGAGUGGAUACUUCCAUCGGGUGCGGCAUCCCUCACGUCGGUGAGAUCGCCUUCGCAGUUGCCCGACGCAUCCAACUCUCAGCACCCCGACCGAAGCAAUGGCCUUUUAUUCCACGAUUCCUAUGCCUUUGUCCCCCUCCAACCUGGAUGCCUUGCCUGAUAUCGGACCUGAUUUUUCUCCAGAAGAACUUAACGUUCGUCACCCCAUCUGGGUUAACCCCACGAGACAACCUGAAUGCCUCCGACUCAUCCACAGCGCCGCCUACUCCCUCACCCUCGGCCAGCUCAUCGCCGAGCGAAUUAUCGAAGGACUCAUCCGACCGAGCAUCUAGAAGAAGGCUCAACACGCUGGCUGCCCGGCGGUAUCGCCAACGUCGUGUUGAUCGUACCCAUGAAUUGGAAGCAGAAUUGGAUGUCUUCAAGCAGGAGCGGGAUGCGUUAAAAAUGCGAGUCUCCAAAUUGGAGGGAGAGGCCAAUGCGCUGAAAUGUUUACUGAAGGUUCAAAAUUCGAAGUGGUCUCACUCUAGUUGA